CAGCGACUCUGGGUCAAUCUUGACCCUCCAGCCAGACGACAGGGGACCGACAAACCCCCAGACCCCAAACCCUAAUAAGGAGGAUUGUGUAAGAAGACAUGCUGUUGUUCCAGGCCACCAGCCUAUUGGCCCUUCUCUGUUUCACGGUCAGGGCAUUUCCCUUUAUGGAAGAAGAAGGGUCGGCUUCGUUUGCCCAGAAUGUGCUCCACAGCAGAUCCUUCCCAGUCUCCCACCAUGGAGCUUUCAUGGACCUGCCGCUAUUCAGACAGAACAGGAGGAAAAUAUCCCAGAAUUUCAUCCUGCACUCAGAUCCCAGAGAGCACAUGGAUGAGGAGGCGCUGAGGAGAAAACUGGUGUGGGAGAGCGCCAUCCGCAGGGACAAGAUGAGAUCCCAACCAGACCAGGUGCUGCCCAUUGGGCAAGAUGCUCUGAAACGCUCCAGAUGCCAUGCCUUGCCUUUCAUACAGAAUGUGUUCAGGAAGAACUGCUUCCCAGUGCGCCUCCCUAACAAGUUCUGCUUUGGCCAGUGCAACUCCUUCUAUGUGCCUGGUUGGCCUGCCGGACUCUCCCAGCCCUGUACGUCCUGCGCCCCCAGUCGAUCCCGGCGCAUUUCGCUGCCGUUACGCUGUCGUUCCGGUCACCUUGCUUGGCAAGAGGUGGAGCUGGUGGAAGAGUGCGAGUGCGAAACCCGCUACGACAGGAAUACGGUGGAGCCAGCUGGCAGCGGAGAGGACUACCUGCCCGUUUCAUAGGCCCAAACCGCUCUACAUGUGCCCAAAUGGACCAAACUAUGUGACCCGGGGCCUUGGCGCUCCCAGUAACUUCACCCUUUGACAGGCGUCCCUUUGCCAAAGCAGGGGAAGUGCCAACGACUUGACGACUUUAUUUAAGAAUGAACAGUUCUGACCGACGGCUGAUUUAUACGCUUGUCUAGAUUCCCAGAAUCCCUAGGGGGAAAGCCUGUGACGAAGCUCCCGCUUUAUUGGGAGGGUGUGAGUAAUGAUUCAACAUGGCGGAAUUCUGCCUCUUAUUGUACCCGGGAGACUGGUCUCCUGCCAUAUUGUGCUGUGUAUAAGGGCUGUGCCCGUCCUGCUCAUCUUUUAUACAAGUGAUGCUUUUAUUGGUAGUUAUUAUGCAUUGUCUGUGCCAGUCCUGUUGUCAAUUCAACUUUCCAGACCGCGUCUAUAAGUGUCAUGGUUAUUGAUGGCGUUGGUUUUGCCUUUCUGCACUACUAGUUCUGACUCUUAAAAUAAUGUAGGUUCUUGUCCAGGUCAGUUGAUCCGCUGGCUGCUGCAUUGUUUUAGGAGUCUGAGCCAGCAGUGCAGAGAAUAUAAACAGACAUGGCUUCCAAUAGCAGUGACUUUUACCUAGAACCAGUGGAAAUGAGGAAUGGAUAUUGGGAAGUCUUAUUCCUGAUUUUAAGCAGAGUUUCCCUUUAACCUCUACCACAUAUAAACCUUCAGCUGUAAUUGCUCCCCUUAUUUAUUUAUUCCUGCUAUAAAAUGCCCCUCCUACAGCGAUUGUUCUCAGAGAGAUGCCUCUGAUUGGAUGGGUGCACUGUAUCUAGUGUUCUGAUUGGAUGGGUGCACUGUAUCUAGUGUUCUGAUUGGAUGUGUGCACUGUAUCUAGUGUUCUGAUUGGAUGGGGGCACUGUAUCUAGUGUUCUGAUUGGAUGGGUGCACUGUAUCUAGUGUUCUGAUUGGAUGGGGGCACUGUAUCUAGUGUUCUGAUUGGAUGGGGGCACUGUAUCUAGUGUUCUGAUUGGAUGGGUGCACUAUAUCUAGUGUUUUGGUUGGAUGAAGGCGUUGUAUCUGUGCUCUGGCACAUAAUGUGUUAAGUCUGGGUUACAUUCAGUCACCCAUUGAUAUUUUACAGCUCCCCCCCCCCCUCGUCCCUGCAGAGAAACUUUAAACGGAAAAUCUAUGCAAAGGCCCCCUGGCCAUUUAAUUCUGUAUUUAAAGGGAAACUGACUUUACUUCAGCUAGGGCCCUAGUUUGCUCUAAUAAAAGCUUCCCGUUUUAGGGUUGCCAGUUCAGUCCCAGGCAUGUACAUGUACAAGAUUCACUUAGGGCAUUGAUAAGAUGCAAGCUGCAUGGCUGCACAGAAACCAGUACGUGCUGCGUGCAUCCAAAUGAAACGCUAAUUAGCCCUGUGUGUCAAUUAGGUGCCGACCAUUGUAUCCCGUCCCUUCAUUCCGGGUGAACCUGAACUGCUCUGUCUUGGCAACUGCUAAUCACUUGUACUACAACUCCCAGCAUCCCCUGGCAGGCAUGUUGAGAGUCUAAGUGGGCAGUUGCUGCAGAGCCCUGGCAGAUUAUUGGAGAACAUGAGGAUGUUUGAAGCCACCAAGGAGUUCUGGGACCUUUUAUAUAAUCCUGCGACUCCUCGGUGACCGUCAUUAGUCAUGUGACCAACUGGGUGCCACGUGGCAAAGCCAAACCUUUUAGGAGUUCAGCAAACGUCUCUCUAAUGUACAUAAUGUUUGUAAAUAUUUUUGGUACCAUUUCAGAUGUUUUCUGGUUUCAUGCCAUCUUUUUUUAAAAAUUAAAAUUCUCUUUUUUUACAUAUA